AUGGGGAAAUGGGACAGGAUGGGGGUGCAGGAAAGGCGGUCAGUCCGGCUCAAACGGCUUCGCUGGAGUCGCUUCCUCUUCCUACUGGGCAUGUUGGUCAUUGGUUCCACCUAUCAGCACCUGAGGAGCCCCCAGGGCCUCCCCUCACUCUGGGCAGCAGUCUCUUCCCAACACCCUGUAAAACUGGCCAGUCGGGACCUUCCCAACGAGGAGAUGAUGAUGGUGAGCAGUGACCCUCCAAAAGCGAGCCCUGAAGUGGAGGGUGAGACCUUGGCGCCCCAAACCACAGUGGGCAGGGAUGAAGCAAUGCGCAGCAUAACGAUGAAGAACAUCCCCAAUUCACCCAGAACAACAGCCAACCUCUCUCCAACAAUACCUCAAAAUAACUAUAGCCCAACAGCAGCAGGCACAGAAAGAGUGAAGGAAAAUAUCCCAACCACAGCUAGUGGAGUACUGAAUCACUACAUCCCAACUUCAAGCAGAUCAAUGAUAGAGAAUUAUACCCCAACAACAUCCAGGGGAGAAACGAAGAGCUACCAUCCAACUCAAGCCAGGGGAAAGGUGAAGAAAUUCACCCCCUCCCCACUUGGUAGCAUAGUAAACAGUUAUGUCCCAGCCACACUCUUGACACUGAUAAGGAGCCAUGGGAUCACCCCCAGAACAACAGUGAGAGAUAGUGAAACUAUGGCAACCUACAAAAUAUUGGAGACCAACCCCUCCAAGGGAAUAGUGGAAGAAACCACCCCAACUACUCUCAAGGAAAUAAUUGAUAACACCCCAACUUUCCCGAUAAAUGAUGCAGAAACAAACAUCGUGACUUCUCCAAGUAGGGUGGAAAAGAACACCCUGACUACACCCAGAAGAGUGGACAAUAACAGCUCCACCAACCCCUGGGGGUUCGUGGGAAAGAACAACCUGACUACUCCCCAGGGAACAGUCCUGGAGCCCACUGCCGCUGUCUCUAAGGGGCAAGUGACGAUUAGCACCAUGGCAGGCAGCAGCCCAGCAGAAACCAAAGCUUCUGCUGCUGCCUGGAAGGUUAGAAACCCCUCAUCCAGAACGAGUGCACCAACCCCUGGAAUAUUCUUCGCCACCUUUUGGGAGCUGGCGAAGAAACCACCCCCAGCCCCCAGCACCUCAGCAGCCCCCAACGUCAGGGUAAAUCCGACCACCCAGGUCCGCCAGUGUGUGGCUGUGGAGCCAGCCCCCGCUGUGCCCACCACCCCCACCCCUCGCCCGACGACGGCCCUGCUCCCAGAGGCGCCCAGCCCCAGUCCCUCAGCACUGCCCCCCAGCUGGCCGGACCACCACCCCAAGGCAGAGUACCCCCCAGACCUGUUCAGCGUGGAGGAGCGGCGGCAGGGCUGGGUGGUCCUGCACGUCUUUGGCAUGAUGUACGUGUUUGUGGCCUUGGCCAUCGUGUGUGACGAGUACUUUGUCCCAGCCCUGGGUGUCAUCACAGACAAGCUGCAGAUCUCUGAGGAUGUGGCAGGAGCCACAUUCAUGGCCGCCGGAGGCUCUGCCCCGGAGCUCUUCACCUCCCUCAUCGGCGUCUUCAUCUCCCACAGCAACGUGGGCAUCGGCACCAUUGUGGGCUCUGCUGUGUUCAACGUCCUCUUUGUCAUCGGCACCUGUGCCCUCUUCUCCCGGGAGAUCCUCAGCCUCACCUGGUGGCCCUUGUUCCGCGACGUCUCCUUCUACAUCGUUGACCUGCUGCUGCUCAUCCUCUUCUUCCUGGACAGCCUUGUCCUCUGGUGGGAGAGCCUGCUGCUGCUGCUGGCCUAUGCCUUGUAUGUGCUCACCAUGAAGUGGAACAAGAAGCUCGAGCUCUGGCUGAAGGAGCAGCUCAGCAGGAGGCCGGUGGCCAAGGUCAUGGCUCUGGGGGAUCUCACCCAGCCAGGUGAUGGGUCUGUUGCGGUGGAUGAGCUACAGGAUGACGAGAAGCUGAAGCUCCCGGCCGUGCUGACCCGAGGGAGGAGCUCGGCCUCUCUGCACAACAGCACUGUCCGCAGCACCGUUUACCGGCUCCUGCUUCACAGCCUGCACCCCAUGGGGGAAGUACACUCCUCCAAGAACGAGGAGGAGGAAAGCUUGAAUCAGGAGGGCAAAGCCAACCCUCAGGCCAAAGCAGAGAGCAAACCAGAAGAGGAAGAGCCAGCCAAACUCCCUGCGGCCACGGUCACAGCAGCCCCUGCUCCAGACGUCCAGGGGGAUCAGGAGGAGGACCCUGGCGGUCAGGAAGGACAUGUGGCUGGAGGGGGGAGCACAGGAGAAAUGACAGGUGAAGAGCUUGAAGCUCCUGGUGAAGGUGCAAAUGGACAGCAGCUGGGAGGUGAAACCCAACUAGAAGGUGAAGGUGAAAUUGAAGCAGAAAGAAAAGGAAAUGAUGACAGUGAAGGUGAACUCCAAGCAGAAGAUGGUGAAAUGAAAGGUGAUGAAGGUGAAACUGAACAGCAGGAAUUCAGUGCUGAAAAUCCAGGUGAAGCCGAAAGUGAUGAGAAAGGUACAGACGGUGAAGAGGGAAGUGAUGGAGGUGAUGGUGAAGAUGAGGAUGAUGAUGAGGAGGAGGACGACGAGGAGGAGGAGGAGGAAGAAAACGAGGAGCCUUUGUCCCUGGAGUGGCCUGGGACCAGGCAGAAGCAGGCCAUUUACCUCUUCCUCCUACCCAUUGCGUUUCCGCUGUGGCUGACUGUGCCUGAUGUCCGGAGGCUGGAGUCUAGGAAGUUUUUCGUUGUCACUUUCCUGGGAUCCAUCACGUGGAUAGCCAUGUUCUCAUACCUCAUGGUGUGGUGGGCUCACCAGGUUGGUGAAACAAUAGGGAUUUCUGAAGAGAUUAUGGGUUUGACAAUCCUAGCAGCAGGCACAUCAAUUCCUGACCUCAUUACCAGUGUGAUUGUCGCUCGGAAAGGCUUGGGAGACAUGGCCGUGUCAAGCUCUGUGGGCAGUAACAUAUUUGAUAUCACCGUGGGCCUACCUGUUCCUUGGUUGCUUUUCUCUCUCAUCAACGGACUACAGCCUGUUCCUGUCAGCAGCAACGGCUUGUUUUGUGCAAUCGUCUUGCUUUUUCUCAUGCUCCUGUUUGUGAUCUCUUCAAUUGCAUCAUGCAAAUGGAGAAUGAACAAGAUCCUGGGCUUCACAAUGUUCCUCCUUUACUUUGUAUUCCUGAUAAUCAGUGUGAUGUUAGAAGAUCGAAUUAUAUCCUGUCCUGUAUCUGUCUGAGUCAUUCACUCUUGCUCAAAAUGGACAUAGAUCAGAAAACCAUGUCAGAAGUUGUUGUACUUCUUGUCACUUUCAUGAAACAAUGAGCAUGAUCCAGGAGCAUGAACUGAGAGGCUGAGAUGCGCUGAUGUGUGACAUAGGGUGAAGUUGAUCGUUAGGAACACCUGCAGCUCACUGUGGAUUAGACUCUCACCUCUGAAGGCGGGACUUCCUCACCUGACUGAUGCAGACAGCUAUCACAUGGAGACCAGCACAAGGACCCGAGUCUGAGGGUUUUCCACAUGAGAAUUGGGGGUGAGGAUUGGGACACGCACAGUAGCCAUAAGACAAGCUCCCCUGCUCACAGUCCCGAGCCCAGGAAGGACGUGUGGUCUGUAUCUGACCCUUGUGGCCCCUGCCCCAAACACAGCCUGCAAUUUGCUGUCUCUUCUUUUUCUGCUCAAAACAUGAGGUUCUAGCAGGUUCGUAAUCAUUACUGAUUCAGCUACUGGUAUAUUUAAGGAGCUAAGGCUACAGGAAAAAAACGAAGUAUAACAGGAAUCAAUUAUCAUUAGUGAAAUGUGUAUCAAUAUUUUAUAGCUUAAAAGGAGGAUAUUAGUUCUUGUUGCAUUUCUGAAAAUUGAAAUUAAAAUAAGUAGCCCAAGAAAUUAAAAUGAUAAAUUGCCCUUGAAUUGCAAGGCAUGGAUAUUAGGGGCUAUUUACAAAUACGGACUUAUUAGAAAAUCCAAGUCACUGCUGCCUCCAUCCUGUGGUCACCCUGAGGGAUCAGACCUUUAAACAGAGCUGUGCUGGCUCUGCCCCUCCAGCAGAUGCUCACUCAGCAGUGACAGCUGCACCUAAUGAGUGAGGAGAGAAGCCAUUUUCAAGUUCAAAGUCAGUAGAGCCAAGUCUGGUUCAUGAAGUAAGAGAUCCAGUGGGGCACUGCUACAGUUUUGUAUGUUAAACUAGAUAGGAUUAUAAAACAAGAAGAUUGAUUUCUUGUGUGGCUUACAAGUGGAUGUUAAGGCAAUUACAAAGGAGAAAUUCUAAAAAUGAUUAGCACGAUGGCAACAUCGUGUAAGAAAAAAAGGAUUAGUAUUUCCAAGGUAGCCCAUGUAAAGGACUCUUGCGUUUUUAAAAAUUAUGUGGUCAUUUAAACAUUUCAUGUGGAAUUUGAAGUGCUUGUAUAGUAAAUACCACUGCUGGCUGUUUUUACUACCAUGUUUCCCCAAAAAUAAGACUGGGUCUUAUACCGUAUUUCCCCGAAAAUAAGACCGGGUCUUA